AUGGCCGAAUCCAGCAUCCAGGCCAAACAGGCCCGCGCCGCUCACGCCCGUGCCGCUAGGGCUUCUGCCAAGGCCAAGAAGGAAGCUCGCAAAGAGGCUCUUCGCGCCCGCGCGGCUCAUGCCCGUACCAUGCGCAAGAAAAACCUCGAAGGAAUCACCAAAUCCGACCCGUCUAAAAAGACCACCGCUUCCAAGAAUUUGGACUAG